AUGGAACAAAUGCAAGACGAAACCUGUCCUAUUUGUCUUGAAUACGGAGAAGAUCUAAGAAUACUGCCAUGCGGGCAUGUUACUUGUAGGGAUUGUAUAAUCCGCAUGACACUGCGUGGAAAAGAAGGGUGUCUCUUGUGUUCGGCAAUAGAAAAUCUACUAGAGCCGACGGAUCCAAUUCAGUCAGUUCGAAGUCAAGUUGAAAUAAUCAUGAAGGAAUUGGAAAUUUUAGCACGGAUUAUUGUAUCAUUGAUAAAGUCUUCACGGAAAAUAUUCUGCAUUUUCAUGUGCGUCUUCGUAAUAUGGUAUUUCUAUAGAAUGCAUCUUGUUAUUUGGAUUAUUCUGGGAGCAUCAACGCUAAUCACGCGCCUGUUAAAACCUCAUCUUACACCUGCUGCAUUGAUUUGUAGUAUGCUUGAAAAUGGAAUUAUAUCAAUGAUUCUCCCCGACAAUCUCAAUGAAUUUAUGAUUUUUUCAAUAUUUGAAACAGCGAUAACUUACGCACUGUUGGUAAUACAAAAUCGAAGAGCGUUUAAUGUAUCAUAUUUCUAUGAAGAACUCAUUUGUGCUGCAAUAAGGCUUGUCGUAAUUUGGGCCUUUUUUGAUAAGGUGUUCGUUCACUGGGUAGUGUCUCGGUUGCUUGUUUGUUAUGUUGACUAA